AUGAGUACUACCUUGGGUGCCUCUAUCUCCCCCACCGAGACCCGUCAGAAUGCCGACGACAGGAUUCAGAGCCCGCCUGCGUUCCUGGACCUCGCGGAUUCGGCUGCGAGGCUCGGUGGUAAUAUUUCGGACGUGUCUGCUCGGUCUCUCAAGCGCAUGGAGCACGAGCGUCAACGCGCUCUUCAGCGCAAGAUGUUCGAGGAUCAAAUGCGCGUCCUCGAGCAGCAGCAAGCCCGGGAGUUGCUUAACAUUCCCAUCGAGGCUCCUCAGCAUCUCGCGGUGUCGGCGCCUACCACUCCUCCGCGUGUCAACGCUGUCCUGAGCGACGACCACUCCCCGACCUACCCGUCGAGCCUUUCGCGCUCGGUCGUGGACCCGGACGUCUUGUCCCAGGCCGUUGGCAAGGCCGACAAGCGCAAGUCCGUUACUUACGCCCCUUCUGUCAACCAUUCUCCGGAGUUGCCGUCCGGCAACCAGUCCUUUGCGCGUCCCGGAGGAGCCAAGAGCAUGCCUGCCAGUCGCCGAACUUCGGCGAGCGAGCACGACGAGGAGCUCGCGGGUCAUUUGCAGGGCCUGUCCCUCGCUGGUAAGCGUGCCGAGGGUAUCUCUACGCCCUCGGGCGCAGUCCCGCAGUCCAUCCUCCGCUCGAGCAGCGGAAGGUUCGCUAACGACUACGCGCAUGCGUACAACGCGGGGAUGAUGUUGGAUGAGCAGCUGGAUCAGGAGAUGCACAAUGCGAUGCGUCACCUUCCCACUUCGGACGAGGAUAAGUACUCGAACGGCUAUGCCAACAAGAAGUCCUCUGAGUGGCCGCAAUUCAGUGGCAGUGGUCGUGUCCCCGAAGGCUUGGGCCGUACGGAUCGCCGCACCGUGACGAACCCGGCUAUGUCCUUGUCUCCUGGCUUGGGCGACAUCUCUGGUGUGAAGGCUAACGGUACUAUGUCUGGCACCACGACACCUCUCUUGCAGCAGGUGUCCCAAGGCCUUGCGCAGGGCCUCUCGUCUCGCCGCGGUUCGCCGUUGAGCCUCGGUGACACGCUUUCCUCCAUUACUUCGGCUCGUUCUGUCCCCGCGACGCCGCUUCCUGGCAUGCCCAACUCUGCUGGGCACCUUGCGAAGGCUCCUGGCACGCCGCUCUCUGGUGACCCGCACAACAUCAACGGCAUCCUGAGCGCGCAGAUGUCCCGCCAGCUCAGUGAGGACAGCGAGCUUAAUCCGUCGUUGUCACGUAUGCCCUCUGGGCAAUACGAUGGCAGUCCGCUGAGCUUCAACUCCAUCCAAUCCGGAAUCGACGAGUACGGCGGCGAUGGCGCGUAUGGGCUCCCCGGUGGCAUCGAGGGAGGGCGCUACAACUCGUACGGAUUUGAAGCAGCCGGUCGCGGUGCCGGUGGCGUCGGUGCUACAGGCUCGACGGCGCUGUACCACCACAACGGGGCGAAGUACGGCUUCAACAUGAACGGACGCCCGAACGGCGCUGCGGACGGGAAGAUGAACGGCUUGCACGGGCCUAAGCACAAGCGUGGGGAUAUCGACAGGGAGUUCAACCGCUUCGCGGGUACGCGUCUAGAGGAUCUUGUUGGUGAGAUCCCGCAGCUCUGCAAGGACCAGCACGGCUGCCGCUACCUCCAGAAGAAGCUGGAGGAGGGUGUUCCGGAACACCGAGACAUGAUCUUCCGCGAGACCUUCGGUCACUUCGCGGAUCUCAUGACGGAUCCUUUCGGCAACUACCUUUGUCAGAAGCUCUUGGAGUACUCCACGGACGAGCAGCGGAACGUCAUCUGCGAAUCCGUCGCGCAGGACCUCGUCAACAUCUCGCUGAAUAUGCACGGCACUCGGGCCGUUCAGAAGAUGAUCGAUUUCCUCUCCACCCGCAGGCAGACUGACCUUGGUGAUGUCCAGAUCCAUUCCAUCAUCCUGGCUUUGAGCUUGCACGUCGUCGUGCUCAUUAAGGACCUCAACGGGAACCACGUCAUCCAGAAGUGCCUAAACAAGCUUGCGCCCGAGGAUAACCAGUUCAUUUACAACGCCGUCGCGGCCAACUGCGUCGAGGUCGCCACUCACCGCCAUGGCUGCUGCGUGCUCCAGCGCUGCAUCGACCACGCCUCGGAACACCAACGUGUCCAGCUCGUGAACGAGAUCACGUACAACGCGCUCACCCUCGUGCAGGAUCCUUACGGCAACUAUGUGGUCCAAUACAUCCUAGAUUUGAACGACAACCGCUUCAGCGACGGCGUUAUCCGCCAGUUCGCCGGCAAUGUGUGCGCCUUAUCUGUCCAGAAGUUCAGCUCGAACGUGAUCGAGAAGUGUAUCCGCGUCGCUGAGCAUAGCACGCGCAAGAUGCUGAUUGGAGAGCUUCUGAACCGAACCCGCCUGGAGAAACUGUUGAGGGAUUCCUAUGGCAAUUACUGUGUGCAGACCGCGCUCGACUACGCCGAGCCCAGCCAGCGCGCCUUGCUCGUCGAGGGCAUCCGUCCUGUCCUUCCUUUGAUCCGCAACACUCCUUAUGGCAAACGGAUCCAGAACAAGCUCCAGCGCGAGCACAGUGAUGCGUUCGGCGGUGGAGGCUACCAUCACAACCAGCAGGCGCUCGUCAACAUGUCCCUCGGCAAUCAGGGCAUGGGAAUGGGACAUGCCCACAACGGGGGCCGCCAUAUGUCCCACCUCCAGGCCGGUGCCUUGGCGGACGUGUACACCGCGCAGAAUGGCCUCUACGGGCUGCAGGGUGGCCCAGGCCUGCACGCGGCUCCUCUCCACGCCGGCCUCCAGACCCAUUCGAUCGACAGCUACGUGAUGCAAGGCUCAAACAACCACAGCCCCGGGCUCACUCCUCCCCACACCCAAGCUGGCGUGUUCUCUGGCGUGUCGUCGUACGGCAGUGCGUUCCCCGUCGGCGUCGCUGAUCCUUACCAGCGCCAGUCGUUCGCAUAUGGUAUGUGA